AUGAGCACUGGGGUUGACACAACUAAACCAACAACGUUUAGUGCAAUUUUUAAACACAUUUCACCACCAACCGCUGUGGAUAAUUGCCUUUAUUGCCACCUAAUUCAUCCUAAAUUAAAAAACCUUGUCAUUACUCGUGGUGGAUUCGUUGAAAUAUAUAAUGUUAAAUCCAGUGCUUCUGGGGAAACGCGAUUUAAUUGGGUAUACGGAACAUCCGUAUACGAAAAUAUCGCUGACAUUGUCACUGUACGCUUCACAGGUGAUCUUUUAGAUUCACUCCUUCUGAGUUUCCCGGAAGCUAAGGUCGCUGUAAUGAACUUCAAUCCUGUCACAUUUGAACUAAGGACCUUAUCCCUUCACAACUACGAAUUUGAAAAACCUUAAGGUUUGAUUGUUGUUAUUCGGUAUAAUUAAUGACAUGCAUUGUGUUUGUCUUGUGGAUAUUUUACAUAACUGUUAUGCUUCUUCAACUAAUGUCGCAACUGGACUUUAAAAGUCAUCACAGCUGGGUGCGCAGUAGGAGUCAAAUUAGCGGUAAACAGUCUUUGAUUAAGUAAAUACUAACGUUCGUAACAGGGUAACGCCGAGAAUUUUGUUCGUUUCAUGAAACAUACUCAUAAUAAGGCCACAUAGUAUUAGUAGGUUCUCAACAUAGUUUGUUCUUACGUACCUUUUAGGUUUGCUUUGAAACAGUGGUUUUUCGUUAUUGUAAACCUACAUUUGCCAUCUCACCACACAGAAUAAUAAGUGUUUACCCAUUAAGGAAAAUUCAGAGAAGUUUCUUUACAUUGAUCAUGUAGCAUAUAGUACACUUUUACUCCUACAU